AUCGCCGGAAGCGGAUGUGUGAUAUAGUAUGUGUAGCCGGCCACGAUUGUGAGGAUGCCGGGCGCCUUCAUCGGCAGCUACUGUGAACCGCUGUAGGCCGAAGGUGAUGGCGGUGAUGGCCUCGGUGGAAGAAUGGAUGUAUUGACCGGACGGGGUCUGCAAGUGUUUUUUCGUCGCAUGGCAGGGAAGUGAUGUACGAGUACUUGUACAGUACGAGUGGAGCACCGUGUGGUUGAACUCGGGACUACUGUAGAGUACUGGUACUUGUACAUGUUUGCAGUGCGCGGACGGGAGCCACGGUGGCUAAUUCAUACUGUACCAAUAGAUGCGCAGUACCGUAUUAACUCGAAUAAGAGCAACACACGCUAGUAUGUUAAAUUAGAGUGUGGUAGGUGCUGCACAAUUUUAGUUACAGUUUAAGGAGGGACAUUUGUGGCUGGGAUUACAUGAAGUCAAUGUCAAUGAUAGUUUCAGUGAUGUGUUGUAUAAAUGUGGGGUAAUAGGAUAGCAAUGAAUAUAGAAUAGACUGCCGGACCAUGAACCUCAAUCAUCACGAACAAUGUCCGCUUCCACUUCGAGUCAUUAUAGGUCUGUGGACUCUCAAAGUCAUGAUAGCUAGCUAGCCAAAAAACAUCCAGGUCCUAAACGAAGCGAUAUUGUCCAAACGCCAUUAGCAUUUCCUUUACCAGUCUCAUCGAUUAAAAGAAAUUACACUACACGAUACAAACUACGUGUGAUAUCUUACCUCCAUCAUGCUACAGUACCGAUAGGGCCAACUUCUACCCAUCCCGUAACAGCAGCUGAGACAGCACGGCGAUUUAUGAUUUCACCUUCCAAUAUUACACCUUGGAAAAAGCAGGAAAAGGUGUUAUUAGACUCGCUUGGAACACAGCGGCGCAAUAGGGUAGGCAAGAGGAAGUGGCCAAUAAUAGAGAAACUCCUCUAUGAUGGAUUUAUAGAACGGAGAAAUGCAGGAAAAUUUGUAAGAAGAGGAUGGUUUCGUGUUCGGUCAAAGGCAUUAAUGUCAACACACUAUCCGAAUAGUGUUUUUCGAUUUUCAAAUGGGUGGUUCAGUGGUAUGUAUUAUUUUUUUUAUGUACAUAAUUAUAAAUUGUGUACAUAGAUAAUAAAUUUAAAUACAGGGUUCCUGAAUUGGUACAAUAUUUCCCUUCGUGUGGGUACAAAUAAAGCGAGCAAAGUACCAGCCGACUCCUACUCUGCGAUCUUAGCUUGGGCACGCUUUAAUCGGCAUAACUCCCAAUUACACUCUGGAAGUGGAGGAAAAGCGGAGGAUACUAUGGCAGAGGUAGGACGAUACCAUCUUGCUACGAUAUGCAAUAUGGAUCAAACACCUCUGCCAUUCGAGUUUCUUUCUGGCCAAACCUACGAACCGAAAGGAUCAAAGACUGUAUGGGUUAAGGGAGGUACUAGUGGAUGGGAUAAGAGGCAGGCAACACUGCAGCUUACUAUCUUCGCAGAUGGUAAGAUGCGUGUCCUGCCUCUUAUUUUUUUUAGAGGCAAAGGGGUAGGGGCAAGUAUUUUAAGAGAAAAGAGUCUCUAUGAUCCCCGUGUAAUUGUGAAAUUUAAUCCUACUGGAUAUGCCAAUUCAGAAAAUAUAGAACAGUGGAUUGAAGAGCAGCUUGUACCAGCUCUUCAUGGCAAACCAGCUUUGCUAGCUUUAGACCUUUUUGGUAGGCACAAAACCGACAAUGUUUUGGAUACACUUAAAGCACACGAUAUCACACUCUCGAUUAUUCCUGCCGGCUGUACUGGUAUUGUCCAACCGCUGGACAUUUCUAUAAACCGUCCUUUUAAAGAUAUUUUAAAGGUUUGUAUAAGGUUUUUUUUGCUUCUAUUUUCUAUAAUAUUAUAUACAAAUUAAUACUUAUACAGGAAAUCAUUGAUGAAAAGGAAAUUGAGUUAGAGGAAAUGGAUGAAAGAGAUAGGCCGGGUGAGAGCAAGAUUGGACAGCGGCGGAUAAUGACCACUUGGGCUGUUGGUGAAGCAUGAGAACGUUUCUGUACAUCCCGGCGUGAUGUAAUUGUCCGAGCCUUCACCACCGUUGGACUUUCCUUGCCGAUCAACGGAACAUGCAAUAGUGAAAUUUCACUAAAAGGGAUUGAUUGUGAGAGGUUAGCUCAUGAUCUCGGGAAAUGGGAAAUUGGGGGAUUGGAGGAGCCUACCAUGGACUUAGAUGAUUUCUCGGAAGGUGAAGAGUCCUUACCUUCUGACAAGGACAAUAAUGAGUUUCUUUCUUAUGGUGUUAGACCUCUACGGGAGGAGUUACAAGAACUAGGGGAACUAAAUAUCUCUGACUAAAUUUUUUUUCAUUUUUUUUUUUUUUUUCAUUUUAUAUUUCACUUUGCAUUAAGCUCUCUCUCUGUCCUUUUUUUUUAUUUUUUUCAUUUUUUUUCAAUAUUCAUAUAUUUUGUUGUUGUUAUGCCCCACAUUAAAUUUUAUAUUACACUAGUCAUUGUCUUGUGUUGCGCCACUCUUAUGGCACGUUGCACUUUAAUUUAACAUACUAGCGCGUAUUGCUCUUAUUCAAGUUAAUACGGUACAGUACCGCACUUGUGCUGGAGCACCGCUAAUAGCACUUGUAACAUACUACUGUACCGAGUACCAGGUACACAGUAAAGGAAUUGUACGGCACCGUACUCUACUUGUACUCGUACGAGCAAUUGCUGCUUUAGUGUCUGCUCUCCUUUUUCUUCUUUCUCUUUCUCUUCCCCCCACCCCGCGGGGUUUCCCCGUGCAGGCCUUGUUUUGCGCGGUUGCGACACUGCCGGUAGUACAACACAAGCAAAGCAUUACUCUCAACCACGAGUACAAUGCUUUUUCGUGCUGCACUUUAAGGACCCUGGACAGGAUUGAGCAGAAGGUGGGAUCGAUCUCGAAGUUAAUGAUGGCGAGCAUUCCCCAGUUAGUACAUCCUUCGAUGGCCACAAUAGUUUCCCCCCAGAA